AUGGCCCCCAGCAUGUCCCUCCAUAGCGUCGUCGCGAUCCUCAUAUUAUCCACCGACUCAUCACCCGAUUCUUCCAGGCUGUUUGCCAAAUACUACAAUCCUCCACAUGCCUCAGCUCAGCCACAGCACCCUCCGCAAUCGCAGCCAUACCCACACCUUAAGGAACAGAAAGCGUUUGAAAAGGGACUGCUGGAGAAGACAUCAAAGCAGACCUCAGAUGUGAUCCUCUACGAUAACAAAGUCGUGGUGUUCAAGAUGGAGAGCGACGUUAUGCUCUACGUGGUGGGCGGCCCAGAGGAGAAUGAGAUUCUGUUGUAUAAUGUUGUGUUGGCGCUGAGAGAUACGUUGAGCAUACUGUUAAAAAACUCGACAGACAAGCGCACGAUCAUGGAGAACUACGAUCUGGUCACUUUGGCCAUUGACGAGAUUGUCGACGACGGCAUAGUUUUGGAGACGGACCCGGUGAUGGUGGCAUCCAGAGUUUCAAAGGCCCCUGCACAGGAUGCGCCAAAUAUGAAGAACAUUGACCUGAGUGAACAGGGGAUACAGAAUCUCUGGGAGUUUGGAAAGAAGCAGGGCAUGGAGUUCGUCAUUGCGAAUGAACUAUCAACUUCCCUCACCGGCCUCCGUUUGUCGAAUGUCUACGAUCUUUCCAGUCGAAUUUUCCUGUUCAAAUUCGCCAAACCCGGAAAACGGGAACAACUGCUCCUAGACAAUGGCUUUCGGUGCCACUUGACCUCUUUCUCCCGGACCGCUGCGACUCAGCCGUCCGCCUUCGUUAGCAGAUUGCGCCACUAUCUCAAGAGCAAACGUGUCACUGGCGUUGCCCAGAUAGGCACCGACCGAGUUAUACAAAUCACCUUCAGCGACGGACUAUAUCGUUUGUUCUUGGAAUUCUUUGCUGCGGGGAACAUCAUCGUCACCGACGCGGACCUCAAUGUGCUCGCUCUGCAGCGGCAAGUCAAUGAAGGAGAUGCAGAUGUGGACAUUAAAUUGGGCGGAAAGUACACCCUCGAGCCAAAGCAGAAUUUCCAUGGAGUACCUCCUAUAACAGAAGAAAGAGUCAGGGAGGUUCUUCAAAAGGCGGUGGAACGCGCGAAAGCUGCAAAAGAGGUGGGCGGCAAGAAAGCGAAACGAGCAAAGGGAAUCGAUGAUUUGGUAAAGGCUCUGAGUAUCGGCUUUCCCGAGUUUCCUCAGCACUUGAUUGAGCAUGCAUUCAGAGAAGCCAGCGUCAAUGCGACAUUGAAGGCGGAGGACGUUUUGGGAGACCAGGAGUCUCUACGAUCGGUCAUAUCUGCAUUGGAAGUUGCAGAUCAAGUUUUCAAGUCGUUAGGUUCCGGGCAAUCGAAGGGUUACAUUAUUGCGAAACAGAAAACUCCUUCCUCGGGCGAGACGGAGUCUUCCAGUGCGCAGAAACCCGCCAGGGAGUCGAUUGUUUAUGACGAUUUUCAUCCAUUUCAGCCAAGUCAGUUCCAGAACAAGCCAGGUGUUCACAUUCUCGAGUUCGACGGUUUUAAUCGUACGGUUGACGAGUUCUAUUCGUCCAUCGAAUCUCAGAAGCUGGAAUCACGGUUGACGGAGCGAGAAGAAAUCGCGAAACGGAAAUUGCAAGUUGCAAAAGAUGAGCAUGAAAAAAGAUUGGCAGGCCUUCAACAGGUGCAGGAAUUGCACGUCCGCAAGGCCCAAGCAAUCGAGGCGAACCCCCACCGCGUGGAGGAAGCCUGUGCUGCGGUCAACGGCCUGGUCGCGCAAGGCAUGGACUGGGUUGAUAUUGGGAAGCUCAUCGAAAACGAGCAGAAGCGAGGUAAUGUUGUGGCUCAAAUGGUCAAACUUCCCCUCAAGCUGGAGGAGAAUACAGUGACUCUCCUCCUUGACGAACCCACCUUUGAUGAAGGCUACGAGAGUGACGAAGAAGAUGAGACCGAUGAGGAGGUUGCGUCUGACGAGGAAGUCGAGGAGACUCGGGGUAAAGCUGCACCCACCACAGAUAAACGGCUCGCGAUUGAUAUUGAUCUUGCACUAUCACCUUGGGCAAACGCACGCCAAUAUUAUGAUCAGAAAAAGUCAGCAGCGGUCAAAGAGAAGAAAACUGUGGAGGCAUCCGUGAAGGCCCUCAAAUCGGCUGAGCAGAAGAUUGACGCAGAUCUCAAGAAAGGGUUAAAGCAGGAGAAGGCGGUCCUGAGGCCAGCAAGAAAACAGUUCUGGUUUGAGAAAUUCCUGUACUUUAUCUCCAGUGACGGAUAUCUUGUGAUUGGAGGCAAGGAUGCGCAACAGAACGAGCUUCUUUACCGGCGAUACCUGAAGAAGGGCGAUGUCUACGUGCAUGCCGACUUGCAAGGAGCAUCGAGUGUGAUUGUGAAAAACAAUCCGCGCAUGCCCGAUGCACCGAUUCCUCCCUCAACGCUUUCCCAAGCUGGUACAUUGACUAUCUGCACGAGCAGUGCCUGGGACUCGAAGGCGGUGAUGGGAGCUUGGUGGGUCAAUGCGGACCAAGUUAGCAAGACGGCUCCAAAUGGCGAGUAUCUCGCUACUGGUGGAUUCGUCAUCCGAGGACACAAGAAUCUGUUGCCGCCGAGUCAGUUGAUCCUUGGGUUUGGGGUCCUGUGGUUGAUCAGCGAGCAGAGCAGGGUCAACCAUGGCAAGCACCGGGUGGAGAGAACGGAGAGCCUGUUUCCGGGAGAGGCUGAAGCGCUGGCCAACGCUAUGAGUGGAGUAUCUAUCGAGGAACAAUACACGUCCGACGAUACUGGCCCAGAUCGAAGCCAAGUGAUACCCGAUGUCGAAGAUGCUGCUCACGCUGCGGUGGAUGAAGAGGAGGAGGACGACCGCGGAGUCGCCUUGGAUGAGGACCGUGAACAAUCACGUCAUGUUGAAGGCGAUGAUGAUAACCGCGACUCUACGGAUGGUUCGGAGGCCGAGGAAGAGAGAUCGAACCCCUUACAGGUCAAUGCUGCUCAGUCCCAUCCAGAUACCAAGGGGAGCAGUCUCGAAGAGCGCGCGAUUGGGAUCGAAGACGAGACGGAAGAGCCACCGGCAGACGAAGCUUCAGAGGGAGAAGAGUCAGAGGACACUCCAGCGACAGAGCCAUCUACACGGACGUCCACGCCGGGGCCUUCGUCACAAGCCACGGCGAAGUCCAAACCCGCGCAACUCGCCCGCGGAAAGCGCUCGAAGCUGAAACGCGCCCAAAAGAAGUAUGCCGACCAAGACGAGGAAGACCGAGCUCUGGCCAUGCAACUCCUUGGGUCUAACCGUGCUCAAGAACGCAAGGAAGCGGUAGAGGCAGAAAAGGCUGCCCGUGAAGCCAAGGCCCUGGCAGAUAAAGAACGAAGAAGAGCACAGCACGCAAAGGCGGCGGAGAAGGAACGCUUGCGUCGAGAAAGGCUCGAAAAGGCGGCGGCCGAUGCCAAUGGUAGAGGAGCGGCUGCCGGCCUCCUCGACGAUCACGACGACGAACUGAGCAAGGAGCAGGUGGAACAGGAGCGGCGCGAACUACUAGACAUCGACCGGCUUGUGCCCAUGCCGGAACCAGGCGACGAGCUCGUCGCUGCCAUCCCCGUCGUGGCGCCGUGGACCGCACUGACCCGCCAGAAAUACAAGAUCAAGCUGCAACCCGGCAACGUCAAGAAGGGCAAAGUGGUGCGCGAGAUCCUGGGCUUCUGGACCUCUCUCGCGACCAAGGGCCCCAAGGUCGUGGACGAGCAGAACCGCGAAAAGGACAAGGUCUGGAGGCGUGAGAUGGACCUCUUGAAGGAGUGGAGGGUUGAGGAAAUCGUCGGCGCCUUGCCUGUCAAGGGUUGCAGGAUCGUUCAGAGUGGUGGGAUGGGAGGUGCUUUGGGAGGUGGGAGUGGUGGAGGUGGAGGAGGCGGAGGCAAAGGAGGCGGUGGUGGUGGGAAAGGCAAGGGAAGGGGUGGAGGUGGAAAGAAAGGAAGAUAG